AUGGCGUUACGUUCUCUUUUACAGACAUCCCAGAUUUCUCUGGGUCGCUCAUCUGUUUUUUCUUUCCGCAACGUUAGGUAUGCUCACAUCUUCCGUGUUUUCAUCUAACAUGUAUUACAAGCAAACGGCAUUCUUAUUAUUUUUAAGUUUCCCUUGCAGUUCUGCUAGAACCAUGGUUUCUGAAGCCUUUAAGAAACAUGAGGUAGUCCCUGACGUUCUCACGACGGCCCCGACCAGGAAAGUUGAUGUUUCUUUCAACUCAGGCGUCAAGGUAAUGUCAAUCAGAAAUUUAAUGAACUUUUUCAGGCUGAACUAGGGAAUGUUUUGACGCCAACUCAGGUGCAAGAUCCUCCAAAAUUGUCAUGGGAUGCUGAGCCCGGAGCUCUCUAUACACUGGUGAAAACUGGUAUGUUUCUUUUUGUUUUCAUGUACCUGAAAAACGGAUCUUACAUUAAAAGUAUUUUGUUGGGAAAGAUGCAAAUCAAUGGAAGGAAAUUACAGAUCCUGAUGCGCCAUCUCGAAAAGAACCAAAAUUCCGAGAAUGGCAUCACUGGUUGAUCGUGAACAUUCCGGGAAAUGACAUCUCCAAGGGCGACGUUCUUUCUGAGUACAUUGGAGCUGGCCCUCCACCUGAGACUGGACUUCACCGUUACAUUUAUCUUGUCUACAAACAGCCAGGGAAGAUUGAAGACAAGGAACAUGGAAAAUUGGGUCUGUCUGGUGCCAAAAGAAACAACUGGAAGGUCGCUGACUUUGCCAAAAAGCAUAACCUUGGUGACCCCGUGUUUGGAAAUCUUUAUCAAGCCGAGUAUGAUGAUUAUGUGCCAAAGUUGUAUGCUAAAUUGGGUUAA